AUGUUCUACCAGUCCUUCGAAAGACUUUCUUUCCUUACAUUAGACCUACCUAAAAGUAUCUUGCCAUUAGAUAUUAUACGUUACACACCUCAUUUAAAAAGUCUCACGCUCAUGAGAAUUCACCAAUGGAUUACAUUUGAAUUGAUGGAAUCUAUCCAUCAAAAUUGUCCCUAUUUAGAAAGUUUGUCACUUGAAGGUGAUAAUGCACAAGCACUGUCUACGCAUUCACUCAUUCAACCUGCCUAUCGACUCAAAUCAUUUGAACUCAAUGUCGAGUUUGGUGCAGAUCGAUAUCACGACUGGCUUAUUUAUUUAGGCCAAAAAUACCCUCGCUUGAUCUCUUGUAGAUUCAGGCAUUCAGGGCGCAACAAGGACAUGAUUGAACCGUGUCCAACCGAACUGUAUGCGUGGUUUAUAGCAUGCUGCCCAUUUCUCGUCGAUCUCCAAUGGCACAAUAUCAUACCUGACUUUCGCUUUUUUCGACAGCUUCACCAGCGUCAAUUAAAAAGGCUUGUUGUAUACGACAACAGCAUGAUGUUGCCUACUUUUCUAACCAGCGCACUGUUUGAUCAUCCAUGUCUAUCUAGUCUGACUCACCUGACACUAGCCAUGCCUCGGUCUGCUUCACCUAAUGAAUUUAUUCAGUCGAUUGCAAGGACUUGUCCAAGGCUCAAGCAUUUAGGAUUACGUGAAACGUAUUGUGACUUGUCAGCACCAUUCAAGAUGGAUAACAUUUUGGACCAUUGUCAGCAUUUGGUCUCACUUGAACUGCAUCGUAUUGCACUACGUGUUUUAGCCACUCAAAAGCCUCGUCCUCACCCUCUAGAGCGACUUGAAAUGAACCAAUGUUGCUUAUUCGAUGGCGUCUUUGACCAUAUAGCUCUUCGAUGCUUUGACCUCAAGUAUCUCCAAUUGUUUGCAUUAACACAAAAAGAUCGUCGGUAUAAAGUACGCAUCCACUUACCAUUUCAAAAGCUACACAAAGCAGAAAUAGCUGGUUUACGCACAGAGACAUUUGACAUAGAAAGGCGUAUUCGUUUCUUUUCUAUUCAACAUCAUUGGUUCUACAUGAGUCAAUUUGAUGUACCUAAUGACAAGAUAGAAGUAGCACAAGCUUUUGAACAAGUCGAUAUCUCUAAGUCACAGUUUUUGUCGUCUUUAUGGACAACAAGUCAACGAAAAAAUUGUAUUCAAGAUUGGGAUACAUAUGAUGCAGGACAUGUUGACUUUCAAUGUCAGUCAAUUCAAUACCUUUAUUUGAAUAAAAAAAGAGUCUUGUAG